AUCACAUUCCACUACGAUCGAAACGCGGACGCAGCGGCGGGCUUUGGGGAGGAUGCGUUGGUGCGCUUGCAGGCACAGUGCCGAGCCUACCUUGCCAAAAAGCGCUUUAGAGAGAAUGAAGCCGUUCGCAUUAUUCAAAAGAAUGCAGCUCUCUACUUCGACCCAUGGUUUCGGCUCUUCCUCGUGCUGAAGCCCCAUCUCAAGCACUUCCGUCUGGAAGAGGAAAUCAUUCAAUUGAAGAGUGAGCUCGAAAAGUACAAGGCGAUGGUCAACGUUCUGCGCUACGAAAACGUGGCCUACCAAGAUAAGAUAUCGCGACUCCUCACACUUCUAGACCAGAUGCACUCCGACGGUACAAGCAGUGACCUCAUCAGUAAACUCAUAAAAGAGUUGUCGAUGGCUGUCGCCGAUCACCAGAAGCAGUGGCGCUCAAUGGUUGAAAAGCUGCCUUCGAGUGAAUUGAACGGAGUUGCAAGUGGAAUAUCCGCCAUCAUUGGUCAAAAUAAUGCUAAUGGCGCGAUGGACGCGAUGACAGAGAACUCGUACAAACUGGCCAAGGAGAAUGCGGAAUUCUAUCGCGAGCAGUUGGAACUGCUACGAGAGGACGUAGAAGCGCAGAAUGCCCGCAUCAGCCAGCACUACGAAGAGAAGAUCGGUGUGCUGUCAGAACGGGUGGAACAGCUGCAAAAUAUGCUGACUCAGGAGAGCUUCCGUGUGGAGCGCCUCAACGGAGAGCUGGAUGCGGCUAACGGCCAAUUGGUAGAGGCGCGAGAGACGGAGGACAACCUCACCAGUAUGGUAGACAGACUGAAAAAUGAGUUGGAUAGACGUCGCCUCGUCUCCGCCAGUGAGCCUGGUACUCCUGGCGAGCCCACCAUCGUUGCCAACACCACCCAGAACGCCUACGCCGCCCCUCCACUUCCUACAUCCAUAGAAAUGCUUAAUGAUCAGAGACAGGGAGAACAGAUGAGUGCCUUAAGGAAAUUGGCAGGAAUUCGCAGUUUCCUCUCAGAGAAUCCGGAGAUCUAUGAAACCCUGAAGGAUACUCCAUUAGGUCAGGGCGGUGAAUAUGACAUCCUCUCUCCCAACGAUAGGGUGGAAAGUGGUUCUCUCGGCGUGGAUGGGGGCCUUGGGCACUCGAUGAACUCAAUCUUCCAUUCACAGUCGCACAUUGAGAAUUACCACCUGGGUCGAACUCAAGAGAUGGACAACCGAUAUGAUACGCUUCAGCAGAAGCUGGAUGAAGAGAUUGGAUACAGGGAGGAUCUGGAAUUGGAGGCGCAAGAGAUGCGCAACAAGAUCUCCAAUCUGCAGCGUCAAGUGAGGCGCCAGCGCGACGAGCAUGAAGAAGAGUUGGUAGAACGGGAACAGGCACAUACUCGGCGGAUACGCGAACUUGAUGACAUGAUCGACGAACUGACUCGAGAGAAACAGGAUCUCGAGAAACGCUGUCUCGAGUUGCAAAAUAAGGUGGAGGAGCUUCGUCAAUCUCCUGAUCUAAGUGAUAGCGAAAAUGGUGGUGACGAGCUCCGCGACACACAAGCCAAACUGGCUGCUGAAAAUCGUCAGUACCAGAAGGAGCUGGAUCAAAUAAGGGAGGACUUUGAGCAGUACAAGCGCGAGAAUAACACACAGGAGCUAAAAGAACAGUUGGCUGAAAAGGACGAGAAGAUAUCUCAGCUGGAAGUUAGCCAACGUCACACAAGCUCAGAUAUGGAGAUUCUUAAUGUUCGACUGCAAAACGCCAACAAACUUCUCGAUGACAACGAGCAGCGCCUACGCAGCUUGACGAAGGAGCGACAGGGUCUGAUGCAUCGCAUCUCUCAGCUUGAAGGAGAGCGUGAUGCAGCUGUACGUGAGGCAGCCUCUGUAACUGGCAAGGCGGGCGCAGAGCGCGAGGCUUCGGUUGCGCGACUGCGCGAACUGGAGGAUCUCAAACUUGAGCGUGCUGCUUACCAAAAGGACUUCACUGAGAUGAAAUUGCAUCUCAUGGAGACAAGUACGAAAGCGGAAGCAGAGAAGCACGCCUUAGAAAAACGUCUAAAUGACCUUGAAACCGCAUCAAAUAAACGGGAGACUGAUCUUAAAGCCGACCUUGAUGCGUACAAGGAAAAAGUGGAGAAUCUUCAGCAAGAGUUGUCGGAGCUACAUAAGGUGGAGUCGGCGACAUCAACAGACAACCGCCAUCUAAAGCGGCGGAUUCGUGAGCUACAGGAUAGCGUGGAUACUUACACACGACGAGUAGCAGAACUGGAACGUCGCAACGCGGAUCUGAGCGCAGAGGUGGAACGAACACGAGCCAGCUUAAGCGCAAGCCGUGAGGCCGCGGCAAGUUUGCUGCGUGACAGACAAACCCUAGCUAGCGAAGGUUACGACUUCUCCGCCACUGGUCCGGGCACCGACACAGUAGAGUACUCCGACGACGAGGAGGCUGACGUGUCAAAUAGCAUCGAUGAAAUCACUGCCUCAACUAGAGACCCCGGCCGACGUAGCGCUUCCUACUAUGGUGGCCUCGGUGGCACCCAAACAGUCGAUCGUUAUCGCAAUAGUAGUCGACAACGGUAA